GCAUCAGAAAUCUGACAAUGAAGCUGGUUCCAGUGGUCUUCAUCCUCCUGGCCCCAGUGUUGACCUGCUGCAAAGACCUGGUCCAACCAGUGGACUGCAGAGACAUCCAUUGGCAGGAUCAACGUCUGCACAGUGGAGUGUACACCAUCUACCCCCUGGGGGAAAGAUCUGCUGUCCAGGUUUACUGUGACAUGGACACAGAUGGAGGAGGGUGGACGGUGUUCCAGAGGAGGAUGGAUGGAACUGUCAACUUCUACAGGCCCUGGGAUCAGUACAAGAUAGGAUUUGGUGACGCUGCGGGAGAGCACUGGCUCGGUCUCGACGUCCUCCACUACCUGACACGACGACAAACACAUCAGCUGUUAGUUGAAAUGGAAGACUUUACGGGACAAAAAGCGUCGGCCGGUUACUCCUACUUCUCUGUUGAUAGUGAAUGUCAUGGAUAUAAACUCAACGUGACUGGAUUCAUUAACGAAGGAGCAGGAGAUGGUCUGAAUGUCCACAAUGGGAUGAAGUUCUCCACUUUUGACAAAGACCAGGAUGUUUGGCCCAACAACUGUGCCAAAAGGUACCUCGGAGCAUUUUGGUAUCAGAGCUGUCACCACGCGAACCCCAAUGGGGUUUAUCGCUGGGGGGCUGAUGGUACUAUCAGUGGUGAUGGAGUGGAGUGGCUUCCUUGGAAAGGUUAUGACUACUCCCUGAAGGCCAUCAGUAUGAAGAUCCGUCCUGUGUAG